GUCACUCUGACGCUUUAGAGUUGGUUGAGCGGCCGAGAGGUGAGGAUGUAGGAGGCUUGAGGAGGCGCUAAGGAUUACUUGUGUGCUUGGGCCACCCCGUCUGUGUGCAAUCCCCGUGAAGUAAUUGACAGAAGGAGACUGGUUAUUACUCGAAUAUUACAUGACCUCCAGGUGCUUUUAUAUAUGUGAUUUAUAAUAUAUAUAGAGUGUUGGUGGUUGUGUGAACAGAACAGAUUUGGUCAAUUAAAUUAAUUAACUCCGAUGCGGGAAUUGUGUGUGGAAGAGAUCGCCAUGAGCACAAGAGUGGCACUGCCGAUGUUUUUGGGCUGCAGAAUGUCGGAGCUACGACGCCAGCUCCUCCCCAGCCCGACACCUAACCAGGAUCGCACAGCUCAGGUCCGCAAGAACUUGUUUGGUCCGAUAGAUCACGACGAGAACCUCAAGUUUGUACAUGACGAGUUGAACAAGAUCUCUGAGGAGGACAGCAAGCGCUGGAACUUUGACUUUCAGAGUGAGAAACCAAAAGAAGGUCGAUUCAGUUGGCAGCGCGUGGGUGACGGCGUCCCACAGGCGUACGAAAUGCCCAGGUUAACCUAUCUCACCACACACGCCACUAACACCACCACUAUAGCGGCGCCAACACCGCUCCAUAAAGUACCUGAAGGUGUUUGUGGUUCUAGUUCUUCAGCGUCGACCUCUGGUGCGUCACUAGACCACCAGCAACCCUCCACCUCCACCGCCCAGACCACCACCACCACCACCACACCCUCUACCACCGCAACCACCACCACAACCACAGUCCCGGACACAACCACCACCACCACAACCACCACACCUAGUAAAACUACCACAGCGAAGACGAGGCUUCCUCCACCUCCCACCACGACGAUACCAGCCUCUAGUGCUAGUUGUAGUGAAGCUCCAGCCACCAUUAGGGAGGUGGUAGUAGUGAAAAAGUGUACUAGUAGUAGUGGUGGUGAUGGUGGUGGUGGUGAGGAAGUGAGAGAAAACAACACCAACACACCCAAAGUCAGAUUUACUAGAUCGAAGGGCGGUCAACCUCCUGUCACAGCGUUUAUGAGGAUCCGGAAGUCGAAGCGCCCGGCGAACACCAAGCUAGAGGAGGAAGCUGAACUGCCAGCCCUGGUGAAACGGCCCAAGACUACAUCCUCCUAACACAUGCUCACCGUCAGACGUUCAUUCCCCCCUCUCCCUCUCCGCCAUCCAUCACCAUGUUCCACAAACUUCUUCUGCAGGGGUGGCUAGUCUCCAAGGACGGCCUCCAAGCUUCUGCAGGUGUGGCUAGUCUCCAGGACGGCCUUCAA